UUAAACAACAAAGAAACCCCAGAUUUUGGGUAUUUUCAUAGCUCAAAAUACCAUGAAAUCAACACAAGUUUCAACUCCAAAUUCCUCCGUGAAAUCAUCGUCGACCACCACCGUCAUGGAUUCCGAGACGAAAGACAGCUACUAUUUCCCGGGAUGUCGAAAAGAUACCAAUUGCAGUUGCGAAAUUUGUAUAGCCAGUUUCAAUGCAACUCUCGAUCUGAUGACUAACAGCAUGCACAAGAGUUCAAUCACAAAACUUUCAGCGGCUAGAGCUCUUCAAUUUCCAAGAAUCCCCAUUUCUUACACCCCAUCGAGGACUUUUUCGACCCCCAAAUCGAGUAGCAACAGUUCUGCUUCUUCGUCCAUGUCCCCUCCGCUCAAUUCCACUGCUAGAGGGAGCUUUCAUGAGAAGGUGAAGAGGAGGAAGAGAGGAUUUGGUUUUGGGGUUUUCUUGAUGAGAUUGAUUUUUGGAUUGGGUGUUGUUUUAGGGUUGGAAUUUGGGUUUUCUUCGGUGGUUUCUGGGUUCUUGCAGCCUCAAUUGUCGCAACAAAUUGUUAAGAAUUUGAGUGAAAAAUCAUGGGGUUUGAAGGAUUUUGAUGAAAGAUUGAUGUUCUUUAAGAAGGAGCUUGAAGGUCUGAUUGAUGACGAAGAAAUAUCGAGUUGCAGCCGUCUGAAUUCUACUUGGAAAAUCAACCAGGAUGGUUUGCUUCUGAAUUCGCGAUGUACAUUGUACAAGUCCAAUUCAGAAGAGUUGAGUAUAUGGGGAUGGCCUUUACAAACAGCUGGUUUGCUCACAGCUGGAUUUUCUGCGCGAUCAUAUACCAUAUUAUCAGGAAGACUCACUGAGUGGUCCAAUGGUGAGAUUGGUUACUUGAUUAGAAAGUCGAAUAGUUCAUGGACUCAACAAAAAUGGAGUGCUUCUGCUGUGCAAAUGGACCCGAAUACAUGGAUGUUAGAGUACAGUCAAAGUCCUUUAACUGAAAAUGGAAAAUUGGUUUCAGCUGUGUUGGAGUUUUUAAAGUUCAGGCUGGGAAGAGAAGUUCAAAAGUUGAAACAAGAGUUCUGGCUGUCGUCUUCUUUCACGAGCCAGCAGAGUGAUUUCACAAUAGAGAGGCUCCAGAUUCCAACCUAAAUAGAACUUAUGAGAUAAAGCAUUCUCAUCCCUCAUGAGAGCUCCCGGUUUAAGCUCUAUAUGUUUGUUCUUCUGUGAACGUUGAGAAUUCAAUAUUAGCAUCUUUUGGUA